AGGAAGAUCCUUCCUUCAAAACCUCAAGGUGGGAGGUUUGGGGAGAAUGAUAUGGACUAUGACACUGAUGAGAAAUCAAUGGUAUCUCUCAGACCCCGACUUAGGAUAGCUAGAGAGCAAUACUGUCAGUAUCAAAGUGAAUAUAUGAGCUUUGUCUUGGAAGCUCUCGAACUGGAAGACAUUGUCAAAAACUAUGAGCGCUGUGAAGCAACUGGAUGGAAAUUUGUUUCAAGCUUCAAGCCUGAACGAUCUGGAAAACUAGGGCCUUCUCUUGAUACGGUUGGGUUUGUUUGGCGUUGCCUGCUAAGAAAGCAACUACAGAGACUCUUGGCCGUGAUUCUGGGUUACAUGUCAGCUGCAAUAUUCUUAGCAGAGGCUACCAUACUGCCCAGUGGAGUUGGUUUCUCUCUCUUCUCCAUUCUCAUAAAGUCUGUGGGAGAGAACGAACUGGUUGGGCAGAUGACUUCUUUUAUCCCUCUGAUGUAUAUGUGUGUCUGCACCUAUUAUUCCUUGUUCAAAAUUGGAAUGCUAAUGUUCUACGCCUUGACACCGAGACAAACAAGCUCAGUCAGCUUGCUUAUGAUAUGCUCGAUGGUUGCACCAUAUGCUCCACCAAUUUCUUACAGCUUUCUCAAUCUUAUUUAUCUCCCUGGUAAAAGGAAAACGAUUGUCGAGAAGAGAAUGGGGAACAAAGAUGAUGCUGUCCCUUUCUUUGGUAAAGGAUUCAAUAAAAUCUAUCCCCUUAUCAUGGUUGUAUACACACUCUUACUCGUGACAAACUUCUUCGAUCGUGUUAUCAAAUAUUUUGGAAACUGGAAGAUGUUCAGAUUCCAAAAUGAAGCUGAUGGGACAGACGGAUUUGAUCCAUCGGGACUAAUAAUCUUACAUAAAGAACGGGCUAUGUUUGAAGGAGGGUAUAAAGUCUGUGAACAUGUUAUUCCACUGUCAAGGAAUUUAAAUGGCAGGCGUAUCAACAAAGAACAUGGGCAUAAGGAUAAGAGUGCUGCAGUUUCAAGAGCAAACAGUGCAGCUGAACUUGGAAAGAUGGGUAAAUUUAAACCUCUGAAAGAAGAGCUUAAACAUGAAACAAGCAGGGAAUCUAUCACCAAAAAAUCUUCAGGCAUUAGAUAACACCAGAAGAAAAAAGAAUCUAACUCAAAUUCAACCGAAAAAAAAUCCACAUCCAUUACAGUUGAUUAUGACAACUCUGAAAGUGCAAGGACAUCACCGUCGGGGGGAUUAAUGUCGAAAUGGCAAUCGAUGAAGUCUGGUCUUUUAAAUAUCAAGUCGACCUUAGAAGCCAAGAACUUCAUCCCCCUGAGCCAGACUCAAGGAACUAAAGUGCCUUCCCAUGCUUCCCCAUCUGAAUUUCUCAACGAAAUUUUCCAGAAAUUGAAAACACCAAGUCAGGGCCUUAAAGAACUUGAUGCUGGCGAUGAUGAAUUUUGAGCAUGAUUCUGAAAACUCAGAUCAUCUUUGAUAGAUUCCGGGACAAAAAGCUGAAGACUUCAUUUCUGGCUAAAGUGCGAAGGAGGUUCGUUUUCCGAGACGAACUGGAUGCAAGCCAUAAUGGUAGGGUCUUCAGAUCAUUUGCAGCAGUAUAGCAAGCAGCAUUCAGUAUUGUCCCAAAGCUUACAGAAUUUUCAUACAUUUUAGAACAUAGAGUGAAACACCGGAUGCAAGCGCGUCCCAAGGCAUAUUGUUUACUUGUAAUA